CAGUACAUCGCGGAAGCUCGCACCGCCCGCUCGACUCCGAGCUUGCAGUCGCUCGGUGCGCCUCUCACUAGCUUUUCUGUCUCACGCACACACUCUCCGUCUCUAUCUCUUCGUCUCUGACAGCUCGCUCACUCCCAACCACGAUCGCAAGCGCCUUCGACGAGUCGUCCUGGCAGUGCAGUGCUCGUGCAAGACAUCGUCAGUUACAUUGUAGCUCUGACUCCGAGAGAGAGAGAGAGAGAGAGAGAGAGAGAGAGAGAGAGAGAGAGAGAGAGAGAGAGCUGGUGCGAAGGAGUGCUCCUAGCGUGUGUGCGUAGCAGCUCACUGCGCGCGCGCGCAGGACUACAUUCACGUGCUCGAACGGCGAGUGUUACAACACGCGAGACUUGCCAGAGUCGUGUGUUUACUGCUUCUGCGUUCCCGAACGUUACACUUGUAUUCUUUGACUGAUUGUCCUCGUCGCAGCAUCCCCAUGACGAAGGCCCGAUACAAAGGCAGUCCCUGAACGGAGUGUUGCCUGUCUAUGCUGGCGUACGGGUUACUGGACGCGUUGUUGUCGUUGUCGUCGUCGUCGUCGCCGUCGGCGUCGGCAGUAGUAGCAGACACUCAGUUUUCGGCGAGAAGAGUAACAGGAGCACGACAGGAGUCCGGGGCGCCGGGCUCCAGGCUGCCGGGGCUGCCGUCAGCCGCAGCAGCAGCAGGAGGAGCCACUGGCGCGCGCGCUCAGCAGAGAGCGAGAACGAGACGAGCAGCGGCCUACUAACCCGACCUUGGGCUCCGCUAGACCAGGUGCAACAGCGAUAAAAUGUGAGCGAGGACUGCGAGGCAAAUGCCCAGCAAGGCUUGGUCUCGUCACAAGUGGCCUCCCCAAUUCCCUCUAGAUGUCUUGUGGAUGCCGCGCUCCGCUAUGAGGCCGGUCGAGAGCGAUGCGCCGUCCGACUGCAUCCUGGUGGUCGGCGUCUCUCGGCCGAAGAUCGCCGCCGCGUUCCUCACGGUCGCCUUGCUCUCGCUCUUCCUCACCUUCCACAUUCUCUACGACAGCGCGGUCUACAGUCUGCGGGCGGCCGCAGUGGUCAACGGCCCUGGGCCAGCGCCGCCGCCUGACCUUCUGCUCGACGUUCCCUCCAAUCCCGUCCCGCUCCAGCCCUCCUCGCCCGUGCCCCCACCGCUGCCCAGCAGCAAGGCCCACUUCCCGCGCACCAGUCGCCAGUUGCCCCAGGCCAUCAUCAUCGGGGUGCGCAAGUGCGGCACCCGCGCCCUCCUCGAGAUGCUCUUCCUGCAUCCGCAGAUCCAGAAGGCCGCCGGCGAGGUGCACUUCUUCGACCGGGACGAGAACUUCGAGAAGGGCUUCGAAUGGUACAGGAAAAAGAUGCCCUACUCGUUCAAGGGGCAGGUCACGAUAGAGAAAAGUCCGAGCUACUUCGUCACGCCGGAGGUGCCGGAGCGCAUCUAUUCGAUGAACUCGAGUGUGCGUCUCCUGCUGAUAGUCCGCGAGCCGGUGACGCGCGCGAUUUCGGACUACGCUCAACUGCGUAGUCACGCGGCCACUGCAUCCUCGCCCAUUCAGACCAACAGCGUUCAGCUCAACAACCACACCUUUAUCAACUCCUACAGCGUCCAACAGCAGCAGCAGCAGCAACAACAGCAGCGCAGCUUCGAGGAACUUGUCCUUCGACCGGACGGUUCCAUCAACGAGUCUUACCGGCCAAUCGCCAUCAGUAUCUACCACAUGCACAUGUACCGCUGGCUGGAGGUGUUCAAUCGACGGCAGAUCCUCGUCGUCAACGGCGAUCAGUUGAUCGACGACCCGGUACCUCAACUCAAGCGCAUCGAGAGCUUUCUCAGGUUGGAGCCCCACAUAGGUCGACACAACUUCUACUUCAACCGGACCAAGGGCUUCUACUGCAUGCGCAACGACACCGAGGAGAAGUGCCUAAGGGAGAGUAAGGGCCGCAGGCAUCCGCGCGUCAACCCUAUGGUCGUCGGCAAAUUGCGUAAGUUCUUCAACGCGCACAACCAGCGCUUUUACGAGCUCGUCGGCGAGGACCUCGGUUGGCCCGAGGAAUGAGUCUCUUCUUCUGCGAUUAUAACCGUCUAGUAAUCUUGCUGAUGCAUUCAUUCUUUUUCUCCUCUAACUGUCUGUUCGUGUCUACUUUUCCAGUCCCUCUACUCCUGUACACAUCUCUCUGUCUCUGUCCGUACUUUGACUAUAUAUAUAUAAAGGCAUAUAACAGCGA